AACCUUCUCCUUCGUUUUUUAUCUGCCCCUCUUUCUUGCAGAAAGAAAACAGAAGAAAAACCCCCCCUCUCGAUGAAAACCCUAGAAAUCUAUUUCGAUAAGAAACACUAAAAAUCUCUCUUUCUUGAUAGAAAUCUCCUUAAUAAGAACCCUAGAAAUCUCUCUCUUUUUAUAAAACCCUAGAAGUCUCUCUCCCUAUAUAUUUGUAUCAUUAAAUCUGUUUGAAAAUGGGAUCAGAGCUGAUUCUUCAUCCAUCAUCAGCAGAGCCAUCAUCUUCUUCAAAAGAUCACCACCCUACCCUUCUGGCCACACCACAAUCAUCGUCCCAUCAGCAACAACCCCACCUUCAUCACCCUCAGACGAUCACACCCGUUCGAUUGAUCGUCCCCUCCCCCGUCGCCGUCAGCCAGCCCGAUCCCUCCAGAACCCGCCUCGCCCCAAAAUCCCUCUCCAACUCCCGCGACAGGCACUCCAAGGUCAACGGCCGUGGCCGCCGUGUUCGCGUUCCCGUCCUCUCCGCCGCUCGCAUCUUCCAGCUCACCCGCGAGCUCGGCCACCGCAACGACGGCGAGACGAUCGAGUGGCUCCUCCGCCAUGCUGAGCCCGCGAUCAUGGCCGCCACCGGAUCGGGCACCGCCGCCUCUUCAUCGGCCUCCGGGUCUGCAGGUCCACUCCCUCCCCCUCCAUCCUCUUCCACCCCUGCUCCUCCAUCCGGUGGGGCCCACCCCAUGGUGCCUGGUGGGUACGUUGCCGUCCCUGGGUUCGACUUCAGCGGCCAGUCCGUUGUUGGUUUGGACGCCACUGCAUCCGGGGGCGGGCCGCGGCAGAUGCCGUUCACGGCGAUGCUGCUGCAGCCUCCGGCUGGACCCCUGACGGCUGAGGAUGAUGAUGAUGAGGAGUCUUCUGAUGAUUGAGAUACAUUGUUUGUUUAUUUUUGAUGGGAUUCUGGGGUUUUCAGCUGAAAAGGGGGGUUUUAGGGUAGUUUUCUUUUCUUUAUAUCUUUCUUUUUCUUUGAAUUUUGUUUAAUGGAAUGAUGAGUAGCUGAGACACCAGAACUGGUUUUUUUUUUUUUUUAUUUACGCUGUAUAUUCAAUCAUAUGGAAUAAUGGUAUAUGACAUUAUAGA